ACUUGGAGCGCUCUUUCUUUCUUUCUCUCCCUUUUCUGUAAAGGCGUGGUCUCUUCCCCCCUUUCUCUCUUUGCAGCUCACACAGACUUCAUGUGGGCAGCUGUUUCGAGUUGAAGUAGCGGCAGCCUUUAGAGCGGAGUCAUUGAGAAACAAUUCAUCAGCCGGGCAGAGCAGCAGUCACCCAGUGGACACCAAGCUGCUCGGAAAGACCCUAUUACGCACUGGGGGGGACUGCUAACGCAAAUGUUGGCACAGUGAAAAGAAGAAUUCGGCAUUUUUCAAUAUAUUCUUACGGAAUAUUGUGUUUGCUGGCAACAACUGUAAUUUAACAACAGGACAUUUCCUAAGCAUAAUGAAGGGAAUUACACGUUUCUUCAACAUGAUCGUUGUUGCGCUACUUGUCGCCAGCGUCUCCGCAACCAAAUUGAAUGUACCGCGUCUGAGACUGUCAUACAAAGACCUGCUGUCCACCAACAGGUCAUCUGUCUUCAGCGGUCAUCACGGCCAGCUCUCUCUUACCGCUGUCUUCCUGGAUGAGUACCGUGACCGCCUGUUCCUGGGAGGGAAAGAUGUCCUAUACUCUCUAAUGCUGGGACCUGUCAGCAGCGAGCCCAAAGAGAUCUAUUGGCCCCCAUUACCUGGCAACAGAGAGGACUGCAUUGAAAAAGGGAAGGAACAGAUGGAAUGCGCCAACUUUGUUCGCCUCCUGCAACCGUACAACCGCACCCACCUCCUGGCCUGUGGCACCGGUGCUUUCCAGCCCAUGUGUGCCUUCAUCUAUGUGGGGCACAGAGGGGAGCACAUAUUCACAAUGGAUCCUAAAAAUGUGGAAAAUGGACGAGGAAAAGUUCCUCAUGACCCCAGCCUCCCCUUUGCCAGCACCUUCAGUGGUGGGGAGUUGUACACAGGACUGACAGCAGAUUUCCUGGGAAGAGACUCUGUGAUCCUCAGGAGUAUGGGAGGUCGCUCCACAAUGAGGACGGAGACUGACGAGAAACUUCUUCAUGACCCCAAGUUCAUCGCUGCCCACCUCAUCCCAGACAACGAUGACAGAGACAAUGAUAAAGUGUAUUUCUUCUUUACUGAGAAGACCACAGAGGCAGAGGACAGGGAGGGGGCUAUACACACACGUGUGGGACGAGUGUGUGCGAAUGAUGUUGGAGGCCAGAGAGUCCUAGUGAACAAGUGGAGUACCUUCAUCAAAGCUAGACUGAUCUGCUCUGUACCAGGACCUCACGGCAUAGACACACACUUCAACCAGCUGGAGGAUGUUUUCCUACUGAGGACCAAGGAUGAGAAGAACCCAGAUGUCUACGCAGUCUUCAGUACUAUCAGCAAUGUGUUCCAGGGUUUUGCUGUGUGUGUUUACCAUAUGGCUGACAUUAGAGAAGCCUUCAAUGGACCCUUUGCUCAUAAAGAAGGUCCUGACUACCGGUGGGGGGCCUAUGAAGGCAAAGUCCCUUAUCCAAGGCCAGGCGUGUGCCCCAGUAAAAUCACCAACCAGCCUGGCAGAGAGUUUGGAAGCACGAAGGAUUUCCCUGAUUCAGUGCUGCACUUUGCCCGCAACCAUCCACUGAUGUGGCGGCCAGUGUAUCCCGCUCUGCGCCAACCUGUUCUUGUCAAGACCAACAUUCCUUACAAGCUGAAACAAAUCGUGGUGGACCGUGUCGAGGCAGAGGACGGGCAGUAUGAUGUCAUGUUUAUUGGCACAGACGUUGGUACAGUGUUGAAGGUCAUUGCCCUGCACAGUGGAAACAGUCUAGAGACAGAGGAGGUCACACUGGAGGAACUACGCAUCUUUAAAGUGCCAGCUCCAAUUACAUCAAUGGAGAUAUCCGUGAAAAGACAAGCCCUGUAUAUAGGCUCUCCAGCAGGCGUGGCACAGGUGAAACUGCAUCGCUGUGAGACCUAUGGGAAAGCCUGUGCUGAGUGCUGCCUGGCCAGAGACCCUUAUUGUGCCUGGGAUGGAUCAUCCUGUGCACGAUACAUGCCCAACAGCAAACGUCGCUACCGCAGGCAGGACAUCAGGCAUGGAAACGCGGUGCUACAGUGUAUGGAUCAGAAUCUGAGUGAAGACCUUGAUAUGACAGAGGACAGGAUGGUGUAUGGGACCGAGAACAACAGUACCUUCCUGGAGUGUGUUCCUCGCUCUCCCCAAGCUACUGUGACCUGGCUUGUCCAACACAACGACCACAAGGAAGAAGUGAAGCUAGAUGAUCGUGUGAUGGCCACAGAGCAGGGGCUUCUGUUUCGUCGUCUCUUCCGCCAGGAUGAAGGUGUGUAUAUCUGUCACUCUAGAGAGCAUGGCUUCACACAGAAUCUGGUCCGUUUCACCCUUGAAGUCUUUCAAGGGGAGACCGUGGACGAGCUCAUGGCACGUGACAACGCUGGCUUCUCUGAAUCAUUCAAAGACCGGUCUACAGGAAGCUACAGGGUCUGGAUGCCUUGUAGUGCUUACAGCAGGAGUGGCUCAUCAGGCCAAAUAGGCCAACCACGCACAUGGUACAAGGAUAUCAUGCAGCUGAUUGGGCCGUCGAACUUGCCGCAUGUGGAGGAGUACUGUGAGAGGAUGUGGUGCAAUGACAAGCUGAGGAGGAAACACAAGAGCAUGCUGGAGAAAUACCGCCAGGCGCAGGAGAGCACCAGGAAAGUUCGUAGCAAGAAUUCCGGCGAGCGCAACCGGAUGCCGCGGGAUGUGAUGGCAAGGAAGGAAUAAUGGAGAAGCAAAAGAGGAGGGAUAAAAGAAAGAGGAUAAAGGGACAAAGAUUACAGUGCAGGACAAGAUGAAUGGGGUACUAUUAAGACUAGCAUCAACUCCCAGUAGUUAAACUUUUGGUGUUUGGAUUUGCAGAUAUGAGGUAGAUGAGAAAAGUUUUUCUGCUUUGGCCGACCAUCACACCUAACAGACUGGAUUUUGUGAAAUCACUGUCAGUGGCAGGAAUUGUACAUGUAAGGGAUUGGUUUUGACUGUGGCCCAAAAAGGAAGUGUUUAGAUGUCUGGGAAGAUGGCAAAAAAUGGACUGCUACUGAACUGAGCAGGCUGAUGUUGAUGAAAUGAUGUUGGCAUUGGUAAGAGACUGGUAGGAGACAAGAGACAAUGUGUCAGAUGUACUCCGAGGAUUCAUUUUUAUAUCUUGAUUACCAAGGAUGCCCUCCUCUAUCAACUUUGCCCAUGUAAACUUAUACUGCUAUUACUGACAACCACUGCUUCGAUUUCAUCACAACAUGUAAGCCAAUCUUUAUUGAGAAAGGCUCCAAAACUUCACAAAUCUCAGAUUUAUACAUAUGCAUGCUGUGGAUUGACAUUACCGAUAGCACACCCUGUCGCUUUUUGCAGCCUCGUUGACUCUUUGAACAGUUUGUAUUGGCUCAUAUCACUGUGUUAACCAUUUCAUGUAGCAUCAAGCUAGGCUAGUUUUUCAUGUAGAAAAUACAUGCUACAUGCAAAUUUGAGUUAUAGGAACAUUCUAUUUGCAUGCUUUGCAUCUUUAUGCUACAAAAUAGCAAAUUUGUCAAAUGCAGCUACAUUUUCUUUCCAUUACUUUUUCUUAGGUGGUCACAUGUCACACAAUGAAAUCACUGGAUUUAUGGCCUUAUCACACUGUAUUUAACUGGUCUGUGUCUUGCCCUGUUCUGAACUUUCAGCUAUAAAAUGUUCAUGUGUGACAUAACUGUCUUUAAAAUAUAUUUCUUAGAGGCAUAUGAAACUAAUGAAGCACACAGGCUUAGACGCUGUCUACAUCACACUCACAGACACACAGUCUCUUAUAUAAACUGAAAUCCCACUCACCCGUCACACUGAAUGCAUAAGCUCGUCUAACUGAAACUGGAAGCUACCAUGAGACGACUGUUGAUGGUUCAACGGAUUAAAGGCACAUUGAUUUAUUUUUACUGCUGUGGGUUGAACUCUCCAUUAAACACCAUCCAGAGAUCAAAAUCCUUUCUCAUGACACUUAAUUGGAUAUAUCACAGAGGCUUUUGCAUACUGGACCACCUUUUGGAACAUAUGCACUGGUUACAGUCGAUCUUCAUUAGUCUCUUCCUUGGGAAUCCUUAGGCAACUCAGCUUCACAAAUCUGGCAGUAAAUAUAUAGAAUAAUUUUUCAUUUACUUUAGUAGUAACCAUGUUUUUAAGUUUAAAAAAUAAAAGAAAAAUAUCCAUG